AAUCUGUAUUUUGAGACAAUGUCCAAUUCCACCCUGGUAACCGAGUUUCUGCUGGAAGAUUUUGCUGAGACUUGGGAGCUCAGGAUCCUACUCAGUGUGCUGUUUCUGCUGGUGUACCUGGGCAGCCUGUUAGGGAAUCUUAUCAUCAUCAUUACUACUACAGUUGACCAGACCCUGAACACACCCAUGUACUUCUUCCUCAGGAAUCUCUCCAUUUUAGAUAUAUGCUAUGUUUCUGUCACUGUGCCCAGUGCUUGUAUCAACUCUCUCACUGACCACAGGAAUAUUUCUGUAGGUGGGUGUGCAGCACAGAUCUUUUUUGUCUAUUUGUGUGCAUGUGUAGAGAUUCUAUUUCUCACCAUCAUGGCCCAGGACCGCUAUGUGGCCAUCUGUAAGCCUCUCCUCUACCCUGUGAUCAUGAACCACUGGUUCUGUGUUCAGAUGACAGUGGCUUCCCUACUCAGUUCUCUUGUCCUUGCAAGUGUGCACACUUUCAAAACUUUCCAGCUGUCCUUCUGUCACUCUAAUGUGGUCCCUCAGUUCUUCUGUGAUAUUCCUUCAUUGCUGAGGCUUUCUUGCUCUGAUACCUUUAACAACAAACUCCUAAUUCUUCUGUCUGCCAUUUUGGUUGGUGGUAGCUGCUUUGUCUUCAUUGCCAUAUCAUAUGUUCGCAUAUUAUCAACAGUGUUGAAGGUUCCUGUCAAAGGAGAGAGAGGGAAGGCCUUUUCCACCUGUGUCCCUCACAUUAUUGUGGUGUCUGUCUUUCUUAGUUCUGCUGCCUAUGUAUAUCUAAAACCUCCAGUGGUAACAUUAGAAGUAGCUAAGGAGAUGACUCUUUCUGUNUUCUAUACCAUUGUUCCACCAUUCUUAAAUCCUAUCAUCUAUAGUCUUAGAAACAGACAGAUAAAGGAGGCUGUGACUAAACUUAUAUCAAGAUUAUUUUUUCCAUGUUUGAAUGUAAAGGAACACAUAUUUGUCAGGGUUCUCUAG